UUAAAGGAAUCAAUACAAAGUUAAUUUGAAGCGGAAAUUGGCAGAUAUUUAAAGGGUUAUUUGCAUCCUAUUAUCUUCCCAUGAACAUUCAUUGUUGAAGCAUAAUAUGCGAUGAAGUCUCCCAAUUGGCAUCAACACUAAAUAAUUUCACCUACAAUAACAUGUUGAAAUUAGCACUCAUAUGUUUAACUUGCACAACACUACUUAUUUUCAUUUUAUUUCGAAUGUCAAAUAAUUCCGCCUUCUGCGAAACUCCAGUAGUAUUGGGCCUGGGAAUCCUCCCGAAUGGAAACUCCACGGAGAGUGAUGAUACAAUAAUGUUCGAGCAUCUCCAAGUCGACGCAAUCCUCCACUAUGCCACGUCACGGGUGACACCUCAACAAACAAUGGACGAGAUCAAGAUAACAUUCGACAUUCUCAAAUCUCUAACCCCUUGUAAUUUCCUAGUAUUUGGGCUUGGUCACGACUCAUUUAUGUGGUCAUCCAUAAAUCCACGAGGAACAACACUAUUUCUAGAGGAAGAUCCGAAAUGGAGCAGGGCAAUACUCAAAGACUUGUCGUUCCUCCGUGCCAACACUGUGAGAUAUCGAACAACGUUAUACCAGGCAGAAAAAUUAAUCGAACAUUACUAUAAGGAACCGGAUUGUUGGGCUACAAAAUCGUUUUUACGAGGUAACCAUAAAUGUAAGUUAGCAUUGGACAUGUUGUCUGACGAAGUGUACGAUAAAGAAUGGGAUGUAAUUAUGAUAGAUGGGCCUAAAGGCUAUUUUGAUCAAGCACCAGGAAGAAUGUCAGCUAUUUAUUCAGCUGCUGUUAUGGCAAGAAAUAGAAAAAGACCUGGGGUAACACAUAUAGUUAUGCAUGAUGUGGAUCGUGACGUAGAAAAAGUUUAUGCAGAGCUUUUUUUGUGUAGGAAAAAUUUGGUCAAUGGUGUAGGAAGGCUUUGGCAUUUUCAAAUUCCUCCAUCUGAAAACAACACAGAUUUUUGUUAGAUCAGUCUGCAUUCAUUUUAAUUUUAUUUUUUUGAGUGUUGUGUAAUUUAUUUUUUCCUUUACAAAUUA